AGAGCAUGCGAAGAGGAGGACAAAAAAAAUAUCAGAGUCAUUGCCCUAGUAUAUAAUACAAAAUUUAUUUUUGUUAAUUAUGGCAUUAAGCCAAUGGUGCACUUACAAAAAUUAAUAAGAAAAUCUAAUUACUCUAAAAAAAUACAACUACCUGUUGUUGUUCUCAUGGUGGCUGUUGUCUUAAUGGAAGCUGAUGUUAAUUUCAUUGGGACAUAA